GGACACAAGAGGUACGCCAUUUGCAAGUUAAUACUGUUAGCAGUGUUUAGUUGCCUGGAUCAACAAAUUAUUGCGAGAUGUUUACUCAAACGGGUCCCCGCGGAGUUUUUCCACAAAGCUUUCGCGCCGCCCCUUCCAAUCUGUCCCAUGUCAUUUGAUGCGUUAACUUCAAACUCUCCUACAACGUAAAAUUUCUUUACAUGACAAGUUCCUAGCGAGCUUGAUCGUCAACCUUUGAUUCGGAUCUUUUGCACUUCUUUUGUUGCAGCGUUUGAAAAUGAAACUCGCGCAGGCCGUAAUUCUCUCGGGGAUUUUGCUCAGCUUUAUUUUGGGUGCGUUGACUUGUUCGCCGCCAAAGGGUUGGUUUCCACUGAACGCUACAGCGCGAGUUGGAAAAGCUGACAUAGUGAUUUAUGGAACCGUACGGGCGAGUCCCAGACGAAAAUCGAAGAACGACCCUAAGGAAUUAUACAGCGCUCUCUUUGAAGUGCACUGUACCCUCAAGGGAGGAAAACUGCCUCAAUUUAUCAAUGUCUCGGGCUUCAGUGGCUUUGCUGGACUGUGUACGCAUUCUACCGCGUACUUAAACAAAACAUACAUUGCAUUCAUUCGUAGAGCUGUUAGCUCAAAGACCAACACAACACGAUUCCUUGUUGACGAACUGGAUAACCUUCAAGAAGCAACAAUCCCUAUCAAAAAAAACAAACGUGUGCUAAAGGACAUUAUGGAAAUGGUCGGAAAGAAUGCAACUUUACCGAUAGGAGCAUCUGAAGACACUUUGCCUGGAUGUCCCAAUUUUUUACCUCCGUGCCAUUUUAGAAAAGGCUACAAUAAAGAGAGACUUUUUAUUCGGCAUCCAAGAUCACACAAGCACAAAAAAAGAAGGCGCAAGAAGUGUCAUGAUGUCACCAUUCUGUCUACACAAAUGACUCGCACAACAAAAAAACUGUCCUCCAGAAUGAGUGAUAUGUCAGCAAACGAGCGCACGGAAUCAAGUUUGCUCUCAACGACGGUCAAAAGACACGUGGAAGUAAGAAUUCUGCAACGCAGUGACUUCCUAAGUAAUGCAGGCGUACGAACACAAAAUAUUUGUUGGUGUUUCGUGUUGAUUUUUCACGGUUUGGUGUUGGUGGUGGUGAAGUGGCACCAGACUUGAUAUAAUAGCUUUGCUGAGGCAAGGUAAACAAAUUCCGACGCAAAGCGAUGAAAGUGCGUUUGGAUACAUGUUACGUCGAAAGGCCGUGAAUCACGAUCCUUUACCACGCGAUAUUCAUUAGCUCCUCGCACAGAAUCAACUGUUCUAUUAGUAAUCGAGCAGAAAAGAUCACCGAUUUUUAAGUAGGACUCAUUAUUCAGUGCAAACAUGCUACUUCAACUGGAGUGUCAUUUACGACACAAUUACCACGAACACUAUGAAACGGAAAUGUACAAUGUAUAUUAACACGUGUGUUCCUGUUUUACUAAAUUACAACGUCAGGCGCACGUGUAAUCGGCGGUUCCGGCCAGUUUGUCCGUGAACUUGACGUGGGAAAGGAAAAAAAACAUCACUACAGAGUUAAUUUCACGGGUCUGCAAUUUUAGAGCUUCUCCGGCAUCGUUUCGGAACGAGAGCAGAGCCUUGAAUGUGAACUUUGUUCAUGCAUUUCGUAGACAUAUUUAUUGCGUCAUGAAAGACAGACAGGCUUCAGUUGAAAAUCCGCGUAAUAGAUAUUAGAACAGAACUAGGGUGAAGUAUCACUCGGUGUCAAUAACGUAUUUUAAUUUGACGCAGAAGAGAAAUCGAACUUCGAAGUCACAUUUUAACCGAGGCGGCUGAAAAACAUUUGUGUAAGGCUGAUCGUUUAUUGUUUACAAAUAACCAUGUUUAAAAAUCAUUAAGGAGCCUGUAAAUAAUAAUAAUAGGAGAUAUUCGUUGACAAAGACUGUUUAGUUGAACUUCGACUUCCACUUAAUCUUCAUAAGGCAAAGAACGAUUGCGUGAAACCACGACAAUUAACUUAGUCCGACGAUUCUGUGUUCAUAGGAGAAAAUGCGUGAAACCACCUAAUUUGAAUAGUCUUGGUCUUAAUGUGAUACGAUUAACUAAUAAUUGGAAUCUAAAGCAUCGGAAAUCAGAGGAACAAAAACAAUUUGGACAAGUUAAAGGGGUCUUAAACUAGAAGGCUCCAAAAAA